AUGACUGCAAGGUUAAAACCCGAUAAAGCAUUACAAGACAUCGUGUACAAAUUAGUCCCAGGCYUAUUUCAUUCAGAAAUGAAACGUAGACAAGAAUUCUAUCAAAAACAUCCUCAUAGAGACAUGCAUUUACAACCGGAAUGUCGGGGUGUCAGCGUUGAUCGAAUCGUAUAUACAGCUGAUGAAUUAAUCAGCCUGUCAUUGGAAUAUUAUGAUAAGGUAUGUGAACAAGAAAUGUGGAAAAACGUCACAGAUGAUAAAGGUUUACAGUACAAAGUGAGAACCGACAAGCCACAACGAUGUAUAGUGAGAAAACGGUAUUUAAAAUGUCCGGCAGCCGUAAGAAUGUCGCACCUCAAGAAAUUUAUUCGACUGAAGUAUAACCUAAAACCUGAGGACAAGGUCGAAUUGCUGUACAGGAGAGAAAGCCUACCCGAAGAAUACUCAAUAAUGGAUAUCGCGUAUAUUUACACAUGGAACAGAAACGAACCUAUGAGGUUCUUUUACAAGAUUAAUGCUCGUAUGAUGGUGCCUGUAAUAUUGCCGUCAGAUAAACUUAGUACGACGUUGACAGAUGUGACCACAGAACCCAUACUCUCACCGCUACCUCACACUGCCAUGGAAACGACGCCAUUGCCCCCACAAAUAAACAUGUCGGGUCUUAAUUCGAUCGUCGAAACGACAGAAGAAGAUAAGAAAAAAAGUGUGCCACAACUUUUGAAACUACCCAUCAGCGAAGAAUCAAAAGUGAUUGAGGGAGAACAACUGCCUAAAGUAGAAUCGAACGUAAAAGAACCGACGAUAGUGAUCGCAAGAACAGAUGUAUCAAAGAAUGAUCGUCGAUCAUCUUCUCCUCCGCCAAUAGAGUCACUGAACCCUCCCAUAUCGCCAGAAGGUAGUUCGAGGAAGGAAAAUGUUUCAGAUAACGUCAGGAACAAUUGUGCCAAUGAAUUGUCGAAAUCAACCCCCACACAGACUAUGGUGACAGAAGAAGAAAAAUCUGUUGAUCUCGUUGAACAUCAACAAACUGGCAAUACCACCGCCGAAAUACCUAUGAAAAAAUUGGAAAAACUAGUUGACCAGCAGCAGCAGCAGAUGCUCCCGGUUGUUGUUACUAGUAACUCUUCACCUUCUGCUUCGCCAUUGCCGAAGAAGCACAAAGGCGUCGGUGAAUCCAAGCUCAAUUUAUCCAUCACGAAACUGAUCAUGAAGAAUAAGAAUGCUUCUGCUGCUGCCAAAUUUGUUCCUACUUUGCAGCAAAUGCAACAAAUUGGUAUGCAUACAUCCAUACCUAGCUUCCAACAACAACAACAACAGCAGCAUCAGCAGCAACAAUCUUCAUCUCUACAGCCUAAUGCUUACGUACGUCCUGGAUUUCCUGGCAUGCAUCCCUUCAAAAGGACUCCAGAAGCGGCACCUGUUCGGAGCCAAGCGUCCACCAAUCGCCCACCUUUUAUUCCGGUGCGCAAGUCCUACGAAUGGAAUAAGGCCAGAAGCUUAGCAGCUAAACCACUACCAUCACCUGUAACKACUUCUGUGAAAGACAACAAGAUGAAUGAGAAGUUACCCAUGACGGYUGUAGAAAAUCCAACAAAGAAACCGAUGGCUGAUAAACCCCCGACAACUGUCGUUAAUACAAGUAUGUUAUCGAAAAAUUCAGACGAAAUGAACGCGGCACAAAGUCUUUUAAAAGUUGGCCAAGAUCUUCGGCUCUUAAAGCCACCAACUGUCACCGAUCUGCAUGACAAGUACAACUGUGAAUCGUCGCUACAGAUCACAAAAGUCACAGAGCCAGAGACUAAUCAACUACCAGCCGCUCACGAAAAUCACUCGAAUUCUCAGCCGAGCUUACAAAUAAUGCGAGUGCCGCCGGCAACAGACAAGUUAUCAAAACCUGCAGCAACUACAGAAAUUAGCAACGGUAACAACAGUAUCAAUACUGUAGUAGUGCCGAGCAAACCGGUCAACAAGAAACCUGUACCAAGCCUGUACAGUAUGCCAACGAAACGAAUGAAGGAAGACUCUAACGUACAAAGUAACAACGUUACAGACAACAAUCGUAUAGAGAGGCGCGUGGACACGGAAAAUGGCGUUCUUAGUGUAUCUCUGUUGACCGAAACUUCUAAACAAGACAUGGAUGCCAAGCGUCGUGAAAUCGUACAACCGGACGUGUCUAUAAAGCUAAUGACGUUCGCUACUGAAUCAGUGAAGAAAGCACCAGAACUGAGUCCAAUCGCUAGCAGUGGCUGUAACAGCAAGAAAAAAUUGGAUGAAUUGAAUCCUAUCACUAKCGGUGGCGCUAACAACAAAAAUAAAUUGGAUGAAUUGAGUCCAAUGGCUGGAAGUGGUGCUAACAAGAGAAAAUUUGAUGAAUUGAAUCCCGUCGUURGUGGUAGCGCUAACAACAAGAGAAAGUUAGAAGAGCUGAAUCCUAUCGCUGGUGGUGGCGUCAACAAGAGAAAACAAGAAGACCCCGAACGGAAGGUGACGCCUCCGAGACUUGGACUGAAUAAGGAUGACGUACCGCAAUUGAUCGAGAUCAACUCGUCGCCGUACGCUAAACUAUUGCCUACCAAAAAACAACAAUCUACCCCGAAACAGCAACAAUCAUCGAAACUCCAAACGGUUACGAAACAACAUUCGGCUAUGAAACAGCAGCCUACUUCAAAACUUCAACCCGCGACCAAAGUGUUGGACUUGUCCAAGUCUCCACCAAAUGGUUGCGUAAAACGAUUAGCAGCUACUGAAGGCUCCGGUAAUUGUUCUCCACUAAACWCGAAAAAAUCAACCAACUCUGUGCAAAUGGUACAAUCAUCAAUGACUACUGGAACUACUUCGGCGGCCAUCAACUCAAACGUGUUGUUUGCUGCCCAAAGGCAAGCUGCCGCGUUUUUGUUGAAACAACAUUUCGAAACAUUGAACAACGGACUGAUGCGUAACGGUGGCAAAGGACCCAUCGAAUGGCCUAGAACUAUGUUUAAUCCUGCAUUAUUCGCCAGGCCACCGACCAACCUAAACAAUUGAACGGUGACUUUGAGAAAUGAUUAUGAUUAUUAUUAUUAUUGCUAUCGUUUUCUUCGUCUUCUUUUUUGAUAUCGUCUAGUGAACCCUAUGGUUAUCACUUAUACUAUUGAAUAGUAUUUAUUAUUUAAUAUUAGUUAGCCUAUAUAGUAUGUAGGUACAAAAUGAAUUAUUAUUAUUUUAUUUGUUAAUAUUAAUUAUAAAUUUCUUUUUUUGUUAACGAGUUCAGUAUGUUAUUCAAAGCUCAAAUGUAACAUUUUUUUUUAUGUAUAUAAACUGUACAAACAAGACACAAGUGAAAAAAUGAUGAUAAAACUUCAUCAUUAUGCUAUUAUUUACACUAUUAUAAGUAUAUUAAUAGCAGACUGGUUCCCUAUAUGUAUUUAUCCCAUAAUAUAUUUUUAUUAUACGUACAUUUACAAAAAUCACACAUUUUAUGUUGCUUAAACCACGACAAUAUUGUACAGCAAUAACAUUAUUAUAACUAUAUUUUGUAUAAACUAAUAAACUGAGCU